AGUUGGUAUGCCAAACUUCAAUUUUGACCUCUCUUUGCUGUUUCAUUUAUUGGUCAAAACACCCCUCUUCCACAUCUCAUGCCUAUCUUCGGUCUCACUCGCGAGCAUAUCUGCAGUACUGACUCAGGGAAAGGACGCAGCUGACAACCCUCAAGAUUAAAAUUCCGAAAGAAACUCUCGUAGGCAUCAAAUCGGCAACAGAAGUACGAAUUGAAGGCGGUAGUUGAAAUGAAGAAAGAAGGAGCCGAGGAAACAAGCAUGGAGAUAGUGAAGAAGUUUUUGGAGAAAGAAGGUGAAAUGGCAAUCGCCAUGGAUAGUCUGCCCGACAGGUUCUUUGAGCCCUUCAUCCUGAAAGGCAUUAACGUCGAUCUCCUUGAACCCGGACACAUUGUUUGCUCCUUCAAAGUACCCCCGCGUUUGGUGAACGGGGGCAAUUUCUUGCACGGUGGAGCCACAGCAACCCUUGUGGAUUUGAUAGGAUCAGCUGCAAUCCUCUCCUCUGGAGCUCUCAGUUCCGGAGUUUCGGUGGAGAUCAAUGUGUCGUACUUGGAUUCGGCUUAUCCUGGCGAGGAAGUUGAGGUCGAGUCCAGGACGUUACGUGUUGGGAAGACUGUUGGUGUUGCCAGUGUUGAGAUCAGGAAGAAGAAGACUGGGAAGAUUAUUGCUCAGGGCCGUCAUACCAAGUACCUUGCUGUUUCUAGCAAACUCUGAACAGCUAGGAAAUUGAACCAAGGCAUACUGUUCAGUCAGUGUUAAGAUUUUUCGACAUCGAAUAAUUUUUUCUGGAGUGAAUUGUAAUACAAGCAAUGCUCAGUCAAAUUCUCCGUGACUGAUACAAAUAGUUAAGAACAAUACAAUAUUUCACCAAAAGUUGUCGAAAACCAGAACAUUUAACU